AUGAAUUCCCCCGCUGCUGCGCUCGCGCGCGUCGAUGCUGGCUCGCUCGCAGACAUUUUUGAAGAUCGUCCGGGUAGAGUUGAGCACCCCGUCAUGCAGUGCGUUCAGAUCAAGCCCAUUGCUACUCAACAAGGCGGCCAAGAACGUCACAGAGUUAUCUUCAGCGACACCAAGAACUACAUCCAGACGAUGCUGGCAGUGCACCAGAAUCAACUCGUCGAGGAGAAGAUCCUACGCAGAGGAGUCCUCGUGCAAUUGAUGGGUUACUCUGCGAACAAAGUCAAGGCGAAACGUAUCCUCAUCGUGACCGAUAUCAAAGUCCUCGAAGAGUAUGGUGAGCACGAGAAACUAGGUGACCCUAAACCACUGGAAUUGAAAGCCGAAGAGGAGGAGAAAGCCUACCCUACAUCGAUCACGAGCAAUGGAUUCUAUGGGGUCAAGCAAGAGCAGCCGAAACAAAGCCGACCCAUGGCUCACACGAAGCCUUCGUCAUCAGCUCAUGCAAACAUCUACCCCAUUGAGGCAAUUUCGCCAUACUCAAACAAGUGGACUAUCAAGGCACGUUGCACGAGCAAGUCGGACAUUAAGACAUGGCAUAAUCGCAAUGGCGAGGGCAAGCUGUUCAGUGUGAACCUUUUGGAUGAGAGUGGCGAGAUCCGCGCUACUGGUUUCAACGACCAGUGUGAUCAGCUAUAUGAUCUAUUCCAAGAAGGCAGCGUCUACUACAUUUCUAGUCCUUGCAGAGUCACUUUGGCGAAGAAACAAUUUUCAAAUCUGGCAAACGAUUAUGAGCUUCACUUUGAAAAAGACACCACCGUCGAGAAAGCGGAAGAGCAGGACGGGGUCCCUCAGGUUCGAUACAACUUCACUACAAUCGCAGACUUACAGUCUGUGGAGAAAGAUACGACCAUCGACAUCAUUGGAGUGCUCAAGGACGUCGGCGAGACUUCUCAAAUCACGUCGAAAACCACGAGCAAACCGUAUGACAAGAGAGAGCUCACUCUGGUCGACAAUACUGGAUACUCGGUACGGCUGACAGUUUGGGGGAAAACUGCUGCCUCGUUUGACGUUCCACCUGAAUCAGUUGUUGCUUUCAAAGGUGUCAAAGUCUCCGAUUUCGGCGGACGCAGCUUGAGUCUGCUCAGUUCUGGCUCCGUGACCGCCAAUCCCGACAUGCCUGAAGCACACAGAUUGAAAGGCUGGUACGAGGACCAAGGUCGAAGUGGAAACUUCGCGACACAUGCCAACAUCCAAGGCACUGUUGCCGCUGCCGGCGGUUCUCGAGGUGAUCCAUUCAAAACUAUUUCGCAAGUCAAAGAAGAGCAACUGGGCAUGUCGGACAACGCAGAUUUCUUUUCUGUCAAGGCUUCAACACAGUACAUCAAGCAGGACAAUUUCUGUUACCCAGCAUGUUUGUCAGAGGGAUGCAACAAGAAAGUCAUUGAAAUCGAUCCCGGUCAGUGGCGCUGCGAACGAUGUGACAAGACCCACCCUAAACCUCAAUACCGAUAUAUCAUGUCGGUCAACAUUAGCGAUCACACUGGUCAACUCUGGGUCAGCUGCUUCGACGAGACGGGACGAAUGAUCAUUGGCAUGACUGCAGAUGAGUUGAUGGAGACCAGGGAGGUGGACGAGAAGAGACUCGCCGAGAUAUUCUCGGAGGCAAAUUGCAAGACAUGGAACUGGAAGUGCAAGGCGAAGCUCGAUACUUUCCAGGAACAACAACGGGUUCGUUAUCAAGUAACUUCGGCAGCACCGUUGAACUAUGUGGCCGAAUCGCAGAAGUUAAUCGACCUGAUCAAGCAAUACAACAUUGACUAA